AACAGCGGGAUAUUUUGAAUGUUGCGAUUGCGACAAACAGGAAAAACAGGGACUUUGAUCCUUAUAUUCAGUUAAAGUCAUUCAAUAAAAUUAAAAAACAACUGCUUGUUUGUAAGUGUAACAAUUCGUUUUAAGAAUGAGGAGACGAAGCAGCACCUCUAGCAACAGGACUCCAAUUAUCAAAAGGCGUGCAAGUAACUUGGAUUUCGAUGAAUUUGGUUUUGCGCUCAGCAAAAAGAAGGAGCAAAAAUUGCAACACCGAUCUCAUGAAUACAGUUACCCUCAAGCAGACGCCAUAAGAGUGAAACAGUUAUGCGAACUGUUGAGCUAUUGGAACGGGUCCAGUUUUAUUUGUCGGAGCCAGAUUGAGCGCUUCAUCAGAAUGGGGAUUCCUCCUUCGUUGCGAGGAAGAGUAUGGAAGUGCUUGCUCAACCUUGACUCUAUCAGGGAAUCUGAUGUCUUCAACUACCAGGCUUGCUUGGAUGAGAUCCGCAAACCCCUGGUUGAUCUGGGAGUGAGUGAGUACAGCAUCCUGUCCUCUCUCAGCAGCACACUCAGCCCGGCCCGGGCGUCUCCUGCACUGGCCUUCUGCAGCCAGGAGGUGGCGCUCUUCCACCAGAUAGCACAGGAGCUGCAGAGGUCAUUUCCAACACACCGCUCGCUCAUGGGAGAAAGUCCUGAAGCCAUUGAAGGCCAAGCCAAGCUCUUCCGGAUUCUCACUGUCUAUGCCAAGUACAACCCUCAGAUUGGUUACAGCCAAGGAAUGUCCUGCAUCGCUGCAGUUCUUCUCAUGCACCUGAGUGAGGAGGAGGCAUUCUGGGCCCUGGUUGUUCUUCUCCGGGAGCCAAAAUACCUAUCUGAGCUUUUUGACCUUUCAUCGGAGAAAAUCCAACAUCAGGCUGCAGUCUUUCACCAGCUCCUUAAACACAGGAGACCUUCACUGUCACAGCACAUGGAGGACUGUGGGGUGAUGUCUCUACACUACGUGCAGCCCUGGUUCCUGGCUCUCUUCACCUCCCUGCCGUGCUGGGACUCGGCGCUGGCCAUCUGGGACCUCGUCAUGCUCCAGGGACUGGUAGGUGUAUUCCGUGCCGGUCUUGCCAUCAUGUCCCUGCUGGAAUCGCGUCUGAUGGCCCUGACCGACCAUACCACCAUGCAGAACCUUCUGCUCCGGGUACCUGUGGAAUUCUCAAAGCACCAUGUUCUGGUUCCGGCCUUAUGGGCCACUGACAUCCAGGAGUCUGAGGUGAAGUGUAUGGCCACCCUGGUCCUGGAGAAUGCAGGAGAAGACCUUCGCAAAGAGAACUUGAAGCCCAACUGCACAUCUCCGCCGACCGCAGAGCCCGAAGCCCACAAGACCGAUGCCAAAGCAUCAACACUCGCAGCCAAGGAACCAACAAAGGAGGCCACGGGUUGUGUGACCAAGAACGUGUUUACGCGGAUGCUCCGUGUGGCCCGGCGGUACUUGGUGGUGGUGGGCCAGUCGAGUGGCGGCAGGAAGCAGUCCCGCACAUCCUCCAGCAGCUCCACGGAACUCCAGCCCUCCAAGGCCAAGGUCUCAGCCUGCCUUCCCCAGGCACAGAUCCGAGCCAAGAGGAGGAGCCAGAAGGGACCCGGCCUACGCAUACUGUCCAGGAAACCAACCCCAUCCUCCCAGGAAUCAGACGCUGGUGCUGCAGAGGACUGCUCAGAGCCAGGCCUCAGGAGGCUGAGGUCAGGGCCCGCGGGGCGGGGGGCCCAUCGGAGGAGCGUCCACAAGGCUCUCAGGCGGAGGUCCCUUCAGCUCUGUCCCAUGGGAUCCCCCCGCAACUCUACACACAGACCCCUACUUGUCAGCGCAGAGAGCCCCCGACCAGCGUGGUCUACAGCAGGACAUUACAGGAUGCUGUCUCCCCAAUGUGAGGCCCAGGAUGAACAGAAUCCCAGGCUGACAGUCAGGGAGUCACAGCUAAUUUAAGAAGCUAUAUAUGGGAGGAAGAAGAAGCCCCUAGGCCCUCAUUCACUACCAGCUUCCCCACAGUCCAUCCUCAUCUUAAUGUCUCCGCACGGCCACUUUUCUCUGGACUAGAGAAAGCCUGACCCAUGCACUGCCUCUCUCUUCUGCUCUCCUGCCUGAAAUCGAUCCUCCCCUCUCGGCUCUGCGGGCUUCGGGGCUCCGGGGCUGGCUCCUCCAGGGGCAAGCUGACCUUUGGGGUUCGAGUAGGUCCACUCAAGAGCACUUACGCUGGGCAGGCUGCCAUGGACAGAGGGGUGGGCCCAGGGGGGGCUUCCGAGGAGAGAUUUACUGCUGGGGAGUCGCUGCAGCUGUGAUGGAUGACUCUUUCGGUGGAGUUGCCACAGAUAAACUGUACUUCUAUCUGUUCUCCCAUGUCGUCAAGGCCUAGUCAGCAACACAACAUUUAUGCAUGUUUUUUUUUUUUACUCAUUCAGAGUGACUUGACUGUGUCGUACUUGUCUGUACUUGUCCAUAUGUGCCUCUUUUAGAUCACAUAUUUUAGUGCUUUUCGAGUCACUCGCACACUAGCACAUUUAUUAAUUCAUGUGGAGCCAUAUUGAGCAGGUCUACUUUGAUGUUUCCUGUUACAGUAAAGAACCAUAUGUUAUUUUUGUAUGGCACUUCAGUGCAUGGCGCGGCCACCACAGCGCAGCCUCUGGUUUUAUUGUAAUAUUUUUAUAUAGCAGUUUGAAAUAAUAAAAC